UCACCACGCACGCUAUUGCUCAACUCGCCUGUCUAGUCUCAGAGCUCUUUGGAUACUUACAAUGGCUGCCCCAGUUUUUAACACCGAUAUGCGUGGAGUCGGAGAAAAACUGAGAGACAUACGCACCCAGGUCGUCGACUUGAUCAUCCCUGUCCAGAAUAUCAAUGAAUAUGCCGACGUUGAGCUCUCCACUACCUGGAGUGCACUUCUUCGCAUAUUGGACGAUACGUGCCAAGCGACGAAGGAGACUGAGAUCGAACUCCAGAAUAUUAUCGUUCAGUACCUCAUGGUACAUAGUGAGAUCAAUAACAAAGAUUUGAUUGCGGACAUCAUCGCAGAGUUUUCUAUCCAGUCUCAGAAACUCCAAGACAACGCCAAGCAAGCAGGUCAAAUUGCAAAUGUCGAGGCCCUCAAGGAGGGCCUCAUGGGGGUCAAGUCGCAGUUCGAUUCUGUCGUCAAAGACGGGAAUGAGAAAAUCGACGCCACAUUGGAAGAGGCAACCGCACACGUGGCGAACCUCAAGGAGAAGGCAUCAAAGAUCGAGAAGAAGCUCUUUGAAGUGCAACGUUCUCACAAUCUAAGCAGUGUCGGGCAUCAGGACAGGACCGGCCUCUUUACAAGUCGAUGGACAAAAUUGCCUAGAAUCCGUCACAAUGAGAAACAUGAGGAGCCGGAGACGGGAAACAUGGAGCACAUCGAAUCAGACCAUAUCUCUCCACCUACGAGUAAGGAAGAACUUGAGGCUGAACUCACCGAUGCACGCAAGGAGCUCAAGGACGCGCUAGAAGCGGAGAUCAAUGCAAAGCGAAAGAUCGUUGCACGCAACAGCAUCAGAAUCACUGAGACGCAGGCCAAGUUCGGAAAACUCGAUAACGACCUUUCGGGCUUACUUGACGAGGAGCAGAAACUCUUAAAUGCAUGGAAUGCUAUGGCCAAAGAGGUGGCGGAGUAUCUCAGCCUGUUAGAGAAGAGCCGAGACGACGAUACAAAGGAAGCGCAGCACUCACUGUAUAAACACAUACACAAGGUCAGCUCUACGAAAGAGAAGUUGAUGCAAUUCGCCGAAUCACUCAAACACUCCGCAUAUGAUCUCUGAGGCCCUCCACCUGUUAUUGCAAUCAUCCAUGUUGAUAGUGCCUGUAUGCAUAAUCUGAGGCCUGACUAUGGCAAUGCCGCUGCUGCUUUGCUGCGAGAGUUUGUUACUCGACAAGUGCUGGCAUUGCCGCAGGAGGCGUCUUGCCCUCGAGUCUUCGUUAAGCAAAAGG